AUGGAUAGCCUGGCCCCGGAGCUGCUCAAGCAUAUACUCAGUCACCUUCCCAUAUCGUCACUUCGCUCGUGUCGCUUUGUCGACCGUACUUUCUCCAUCAUUGCCUUCUCCUUUCUAUUUUCACACAUACCGCAUUGGCUGGAUUGCAACAAGUCACUUCAGUUUCUCGUAUCAAUUGCCCACGAUGCAUUCAAUAGACCUGCAGUCAUCUGGUCCCCAUGGGCAACAAUUCCUGAUGUGCUUGUCGACGAAAUGUGGUUACAAAUUGUCUGGAAGUUAUUCAAGGGAUUCGCUUUCCAUGCCGGAGGAAGAGGAGAGGAGUUGACGGCAGGAAACUUUGCCAGGCUAAGUGGAGUAGUCGACAUGAGCGAGGCGAGAUUAAGGACCGCUCAAAGUAGAUACUUGCUUUUCAAAUCUUACACGAAAAAGGUUAAGAUGAUUUUCUGGGGAAUUGGUGUGGGAACACGAUCUUUCAGACCAAGACAAUGUUCCCGGGAACGAUGGAUCUCUGAGCGAAGAAGUAUCUCGGUUGGUAGCGUGUGCAAUCUUCGGAUGCUCCUUCCAUCAUUGGAGUCAAAGAAGUCACGCAUGAGAUAG